AUGAACCCGCAGAACAAAACAUCAACCGAUUUCAUCCUCCUGGGGCUCUUCCCUGGCUUCAAGUAUCCUAACCUGCUGAUCCUCACGGUUCUCCUCAUCUACACCAUUGCCUUUGCUGGAAAUUCCAUCCUGCUCCUCCUCAUCUGGCUGGACUCCCGCCUCCACACCCCCAUGUACUUCCUGCUCACUCAGCUGUCCAUCAUCGACCUGGCCUACAUCUCCAGCACAGUCCCCAAGACCGUCACCAACUAUUUCACAGGGAAGAAAAGUAUUUCCUAUUUGGCCUGUGCCUCUCAGAUGUUCUUCUUCCUCACCCUUGGCCUGGCCGAAUGCAUCCUCCUGACCCUCAUGGCUUAUGACCGCUAUGUAGCUGUCUGUAAUCCCCUGAGAUACACAGUGCUCAUGAGCCCCAGAGUCUGCCUACAGAUGGCUGUGGCAGCCUGGACUGGUGCAGUUCUCGCAGCCCUUGUCCACACGGUCUAUCCAAUGCAUUUCCCUGUCUGUGGCUCCCGGGAGAUCAGUCAUUACUUUUGUGAGAUGCCUGCUAUUCUGAGAAUGUCUUGUGUCGACACAUCAGUCUAUGAGAUGGUCAAAUUUGUCUCCACCAUUAUCUUUCUCCUGGUCCCGUUUGUUCUCAUUCUGGCCUCCUAUGUUCUCAUCUUCCUCACUGUCCUUAAGAUGAACUCUCGCAAUGGGAAGAAGAAAGCUCUGGCUACCUGCUCCUCCCACCUGACUGUGGUCAGUCUCUACUUCGGCCAGGCCAUCUUCAUCUACAUGACCCCCAGCUCAUCACACACGCCGGAGCAGGACCAGAUAGGAGCCGUGCUCGGCACCAUCGUGACCCCCAUGCUCAACCCCAUCAUCUACAGCUUGAGGAACAAGGAGGUGGUGGGAGCGCUGCAGAGAUGCACGGGAAGGUGCUGCGGGGAGGAGCAGCCCCUGUUUCUACAGUGCUGUUCUCAGAAACGCGCCAGCCUCAGUCUGAAGACUACCCAUGGCCAAUUUUAA